AAAAAAAUAAACCAAACAAGGCGUUUAAUCGGGCGCAAAGUCUUCAAAGAGCUCAACGGCAAUUCCCAGCGUGUGCGUGGCGUCUGUAUGUAUUGGACAUAUGGACAAGGAAGCUCGUGUUUGAAGCGCUUUUUUGAGCCGGGCCAUGAAGUUUGCCUGAUACGAAGCCAGCUAUAGCCAGCAGCAAGCCCUUAGCCCCAAGCCCAACAAUAUGUUCAGUCUGUUGAGCAGCUCCCAGAUCUAUGGCCUGCCGCAAACAACAACAACAACAGCAACAGCAACGACGACGGACCAAAGGAUAUCCACGGAUGAGAACGGUGGCCAAAAGAAGAGCAACAGCCUUCCUCACAAGAAUCACAAGCCACAGCAAACAGCAGCCAGCCAUCGGCGAUCGACGAGUAGCCUCAGUGACACGGGCGGAAAAUUCUUUGCCAAUCUGAGCGCCAAGUCUCCCAGCCAAUUCAUUGAAAAGUUCAUCAGAAGCGAGCUCCUCAACGGUUACGAUACGCUCAAGUGCCAAGCCGGCGGCGGCGGAGGCGGAGGCAAGUCCCCAACAGAGAAGGACAAAUCUUCGGCGGAGAGCAGCGCACUUUACAGUAAUCUGCAAACGGAUUGGGGAGGAUUCAAUUGUCUGCAGGGCAGCUAUCGCAGUCACGGCGACGGCGAGUUUUAUGAGGCCGUGCAGGUCAAAUCCCCCAGCUCCAACAACAACAACAGCAACAACAGCGAAGUGACAAUGCGUUCCAAGUCCACGACGGGCGCAGCCACGCUGCAGCAUUACCAGAAACUGCCGGAACCCAGUUUGGAUUCACAUUUCAACACACAGGCAGCAGGACACACGCCUGCCUACAAGAAACUCGGAUUCGGAGCGAGACUGCAAAAGCAGAGUGCAGAGCAUAACUCAGACAACUCGCAAUCCUCGAGAAACACACACAGCAGCAGCAGCGAGGUGCAACGCAGCUCCUCCGGCUCCAGUUCGUCGGGUGCGCCAGUUGGCCCCACUGGGGCCAGUUCACCCGAGCGCCAACAGCGUCGCCGACUGUUGCAAAUGAUCUCCAACUAUGAUCAGCAGAACAAGCAGCUGCAUCGCGAACUGGCCAAGGAGAAGCGCCGGCGCACCGAGGAGCUGGCCUGUGUGGUCAAGUCCCUGAUCUGUUUUGAGUCCAAGCUAAAGAAUGACAUGAAGACGGUCAAUCAGCGUCUGCUGGAUCGGGAUGCCGAAAUCUGUCGCCUCUUGCGCCAGAAUCGUGCGCUGCGCAAGCGUCUGGUUGAUCAUCAGCGGGAUGAGGGCAUGGUCGCCGACCAAGAGACCAACGCCGACGAGGAGGAGCAUGUGGAGGAAUGCCUAGUGCUCGAGGCUUUGCAAUGCAACAAUUGCCGCAAGCAAUUCUAUGACAUUGAGCUGAGAGCCUGUGGCACACAGACCUGUGGCAAGGAACUGGGCGUCAGCGCCAAAGCUGAGCACGGCUCUUCCAGCGAUGACACUGUCUCAUCGUCGUUUUAUGGCGCCAGGCGCAGUGUGCGCUACACGAGCAAGCGAACGGCGGGCACAUUUAGGGAUUACAUGCGCUCCCGGGCGAUGCACAUCGAUGAUGCGGCACUGGAGCAGCAGUCGGAGGAGAAUACGAGCAGCAUCAGUCGCGAGGACUCGCAGACCAGCUACGAGCAGCUGCACAAUUAUGCCAGAGCCAUGGAACGUAUGCACGGCGUGAAGGCAACGCUCCAGGACGGCGACUACUCCGAGCACAGCAGCCUGGAACUGGAGCAGCAGCAGCAGCAACGGAGGCGCAACAGUUCCGCCUCCAGUCGUAGCAGCAAGACGGCCUCCUCGGUGGCCGCACAGUUGGAGGAGGACGAUGGCAUCUUUUCGCCCACGCAGGAUGAUGAGGAUUUCGAUGAACUAGAUCCGGAGCAGGAGCAGCAGCUAAUGUCACGUGGCGCUAUUAAAAUUGUGCAGCGACGCUGUGCGGAUUUCUCCGAGGCGUCACCCAAACAGAUCUACGAGACGACCACAGAUGAUUGGUAUGCCAGCGCCUCGGAUCAGGAGGAGCUGAGCACAGCGCCGGCGGUGGCCAAGCCCUAUGGCCAGGGCGCCGUCAAUCCCGUGCUGGAGUGCGUCAAUCAAAUAUUGCUGCAACAGUCCAUGGAGGAGACAUUACGCGAGCCCGCCACGCCCAAGUCGGCGCUGGCGCCCAAGGCUUCUGCCAAUCUGCCGCGACGCAGCUCGCUGAGCGGCCGCAGCGGCACAAAUGGACGCAAGCGAGUCCAUUUUUCGACCAAGAACAGCAUGGUGCAUGUGCCCCGGCACGAGGAUGAGGAGGAACAACAGAACGACGAUAUGAUCUCACACUAUCAUCCAAUGGCAGCGGCGGCACCCGCUGCACCCGGUGAUACCCUCAACUACGAGAGCAUCUACAGCAAUGAGUACGAACCGAUUGGUUCCGAGCGUGCCUCAAAUCUCUAUGUGGACAUGGCCGCGGCGGCAGCGGAUGCCAAUGCCAGCAGCGCAAAGAUGCCACAGAAAUUGCCACCCGCAUUGCCGCCGAAGCCGGCUAAUCUGCUCAAGUUCAAAAAGUCGCUGCAGCAGCUGGAGGAGCAGCUGGAGGACGAGGGCGAUUGUGCAGUGUCAACGACAACGACAACGACCAGCGAGCCGGACUACUGUUCCAUAGCCGAGGUGGGCGUGACGAGCGUACAAAUUGUGGCCGAUGUGCAUAAGGCGCCCGAAUCGAGCACGCCAACGGAACCGGAGCGGGAACGGGAACGAGAACGUGAACGAGAACGAGAUCUGGAACUCGAACAGGAGCUGAAUCGCAACAGCUCCGAUGAUGACGCGUGCUCUGCGGCCGCCUCGCACAAGACUGAGGAAAUCGAAGAGAUUUUCGCCGACAUACCAAAGCUACCAAAUGUGGCGGCCAUCAUAGCGCCCAAGCAAUCCGCCGACUAUCUGAUGAUGGCGCCCAAAACGCUGCGCCUCCAGCUGCCGCCCAGUUCGACCAGCACACAGACCAUGCCGUCCCAGUCCCAGUCUCCGUCCCAGUCCCAGUACAAGCGCAAGCAUGUGCCCAAUAUACUAGCCGAGAUCAACAAGCGCAUGAGCUUGCCCAGUUCACCAACCACGCCCACAACGCCCAAAAGCUUGCCAACAACGCCGACAUCGAAAUCGCUGCUGCAGCUGGCGGACACAAGCGGCGGCGGCGGCGGCCUCCCUCUGCAGGCCGAAUUCGAUUGGUAUAAUCUGGACGCAGAGUAUGACAGAAGCAACGAGGCGCCGAAGAUUACGGCUGGCGAGGGCAUGCUGGCGGAGAUAAGUGAGGACGACAAUGAGUGCUUGGUCACGGCCGCGGAUGAAUACAAUCUAGACGAGGAGUUUCAGCUGCAGCCCGAGCAGGAGGAGCAGCAAAUGGAUGAAGUGGAGGCGGAGGAGGAGGAGGAGGAGAAGCCCAUUAAACAGGAGCCCGCCAAGGCAAAACAGAUGAAAAAGAAUUUGGCCAGUUUCGAGAAAUUCAUCGAGGGCUCCGGCCUGAGCACCAAACCCUUGCCGAGCAAACGCAAAAUUUACUUCAAUGCGCCGUUCGUCUAG